ACAUAAGCCUGUUCGUCGGACAUCGGGUGGGAUCCGAUUGACCACGAUAUGAUUGGACACAGAUUGUAAUGAUUGGUUCGACCUAGUAAUUUACUAGAUAAUUCUUUUCAUCGGUUGGUUGUGUCCAAUCGUAUUGUGGAGUUGGCUUUCGGACGCCAUAUGGUGUGCUUCGUGUUUCUUAGCCUCUCACUUAGCAGCUUGUAAUUUCGUAUCUUUUGCGCUUUUGCAAAUGUGUUAGUUUUACUGGCUUCGACCUGGCUUUGUUUUCUGGACUCUGAUUUAAUCUACUUGAUUUAUUUAAUUAUAUUAGUGCUUGUCUGCUUAAUUGCUUUAGUGUGUUUUUGUCACUCGCUUGCUAUACGUUGAACACGUGCAUAUCACGUGAUUCUUUGUUGAUCUAGUAUCGUUUAACCUAUAAUCCUCACGAUGGAGACACGUGAUUGCUUAACCCAGCAUGGAGACAAGGAAAUAAACAAGGAUGUGGAUGAUAAUACACACAACAUCUUCGAGCUUCAACCUUCUGAAGACAAGGACAUGGAUGCUCAGCCUUUGAUCUCGUCAAAAGAAUCGUCUGAGAAAAAGAAAAGUAUGGUACGGACUACUUCUGCUGCGUCUGGUAUGCUGAAAUCUCCAGUUUCUAAUAUCAAGUGGAUUGACGACUCUGAAUUGGAUGCUGAAUUUAUAAAACAACACCUACGCCCCACAUAUAAUUGGAGGGGCGAGUGGCGAUCGCCUAUUUCGGUGGAGAGGCUCCGCAAGAGGACUCCCGAUCCUGACGCUUUAGGUGGAUAUAAAAUGAUUAAUACCAACACAUUUAUAGGUAUUUUCGAAAAUUUUUGUUUUCCCUCUUUUGUAUUCCUCUUAGGAAAAAAAAUCUUCUUGAAACCGUUUGCUGGUAGAGUCAUUAGAUGCACUCAUUGUCAUAGAUUUGGUCAUUUGAGAUUUUCAUGUAAAAAGAUAGGAAUGCCUAUGAUAUGUGGCAGGUGUGCAGGUGAGGGACACUCUGACCAGAAUUGCUUGUCGGAUGUCGUAUUAUGUAUCAAUUACGAACGUAACAAACUGGCUAAUUCUGACCAUCAUGUUUCCAGUGUCAAUUGUCCGGUUUAUAUACAUAAUAAACAUGUUAAAAGAGUCAUGGCGGUUCAUUGCCUGGGCCCUCUUGAUGCUGAAAAUUUCAUCAAGGUCAGUGGUCUCACUGAGGAUAACCAUUCAGAGGGAUCUUCCUCGAUCACCUUGGAUGAUUUCUGGCCAAAGAUUAUUAAUAAACCAUCCGCUGUAUCUUAUGCGGAGGCUCUUAAGUCUUCAAAAAAAAAUAAAACGGCUUUACCUCCGGUAGGCCCUGGUAAUAAAAUAGAUGGGAAUGUUCCAACAUCUGUUUCUCCUGUCUUACAGUCUCGAGGUCCUGGGUUCCUUUCUUUCCUACACGUUGUGAGAAGAAAGAGAGCUGAAAGAAGGCUGCUUUCCGCUGCCGGGAGUGCUUCGACUGUUGUGGCCUGGCGGGGUGGUGGCCGGCGGUCCUCCCGGGCUGAUGGCUGUGUCGCUUCCGUGGGGUCGUCGUCCGCGUCCUGCGUCGGCGCCUCUGUUGGAGUCGAUUGUGGCCUUCCCGCGGUUGAGAUCGCCGCGGGCUCUGGGGGUGAUGAGGUGCGGCCCCGUUUCCGAUCGGAUAUGGACAUGUUGGAAUCGCGGGUAAUGAAUCCGCCGACGUGAUGGCCAAGGAUGCUGCCUGUGGAAGACUGUUAUCCGGUCCGCAUAAGAAUAUUAUUUUUGCAAAUACUAUUAAGAGAACUCUUCGUGACCGUAUGUACCAACAGGCUGAGGAAUUUUUCUCUGAAUCGUCUACACAGCGUGGAUUUCGCUAUUUUCACAGAAUACGUAUAAAAAACCUGUCUCCUUGGUUUAAAGAAUUUAUUCAUCUGGACAGAAGUAUCUUAACAACUAUUGGACGCAUAAGAUCCUUCCAUACUAAUACUGCUGAACAUUUAUUCGAAAAAGGAAUCAUUGAUAAUCCAUGCUGUGAAUGCGGUGAAGUGGAGACUUUAAAUCAUGUAUUUUUGUAUUGCCCGUGCAACAGUCGGGAAUCGGACUUGCUGCGUAUUGGCUCCGCGCCGGUGUUGCCGGAUCAACGGAAAUUGUCCACGUUGCCUUUAGUGAUAACGUGGACGCCUUCAAAGAGAUAAUUCUUUUUAUUAAACGUUCUGGAAGAAGAAUUUGAUUAAAUUUGAGUGAUUUUUACGGAUUUAUACUAUUAAUUAUAAUAUUGAUUAAUGGACUUUGUUCCGAGAACCAUAGAAAACAACAACAACAACAAUCGUAUUGUGGUCAAUCGGAAGGGAGCGGUGCACUUGGACACGGUGCAUUUGGACACAGCCAAUCACAGCACCGUGUGAUUAGAGACAUUUGUAGAGUCCCUUGGAACAGCGACUUGUGAUUGGACUGUGUCCAAUUGCCCCGUGUCCAACUGAUAUACACCCCAAUCGGAACGCUCCCGUCGGACAUAUGUGUGCACGUCGCGUAUGUGAAGUAAUAAAUAUUUUAUAAAUGUACAUAUGUGUGUUAAAUACAUUGUGACUAAAAUCAAAAUAAAUAAAAUUGUCACAAUAACAAGGUGAAAACAGUAAUAAAAAGAAAAUUUAUAUCAUAAAAAUAAAAAAUAUAUGUUGAUAAAUAAUCCUUAUAAGAAAUUAAUAGUGGUGCUGUAAUAAACUGGCGAGUGACCAAUUGCUUUGUCAUUUUAUUUUGCACAAGUAAAAGUAGUGCAACAAUAUUUAAUUAAACAAUAAUUAAUCAUUGGCCAAUAUGUUACAGGCAGAGAGAAUAUAUAUUUUUUAUAAGGAUUGUUAUUUAAAUAAAUGAUAUUAAAUUCUAAAUUUUGUGAUAUGCCUAGAUACCUAUAACCUAGAUAAAUGUAAUUCACUGUUGUGGCUUCAUUGUGUGCUUCAAGUUGGAAUCAAUCUCUCACUGGAGAAUGAAACCUGUAGAAGACAAUGGAAGCAUGAAAAGAAGGAUAGAAUGAAAUAAAAUGAAGAAUAAGCAAAUAUCAGAUUAGUAGUUAAUAUUUUGAAUCUAUAUAGAUAUAUAUUAUUUAUGUAUUAAUAAUAUACGUCUAUAUAGGUAUAGAAUAUUAGCUACUUAUCUGACCUUUAUCUAAUCUUCAUUUGACUUCAUUCUAUCCUUCUUUUCAUGUUUCCAUCGUCUCCUACAGGUUUCAUUCUCCAGUUGACCAUGAAAGAUUGAUUCCAAUUCGAAACAUGAAGCCACCCUUUAUAGAAAUAUCAUACUAAGAAUCAUUGAUAAUUACUUAUUUUCAGUAUUAAAAAUACUGGAUAAUAAGUAAUUAUCAAUGAUUCUUAGUAUGAUAUUUCUAUAAGGGACAACAAUGAAUUACAUUUACCUAGGCAUAUCACAAAAUUUAGGGAGCGGUGCACUUGGACACGGUGCAUUUGGACACAGCCAAUCACAGCACCGUGUGAUUAGAGACAUUUGUAGGGUCCCUUAGAACAGCGACUUGUGAUUAGACUGUGUCCAAUUACCCCGUGUCCAACUGAUAUACACCCCAAAAUUUAGAAUUUAAUAUUAUUUAUUUAAAUAACAAUACUUAUAAUAAAUAUAUAUUCUCUCUGCCUGUAACAUAUUGGCCAGUGAUUAAUUAUUGUUUGAUUAAAUAUUGUUGCAGUACCUUUACUUGUGCAAAAGUAAUAAAAUGACAAAGCAAUAGUAAUUGGUCACUCGCCAAUUUAUUACAGCACCAAUAUUAAUUUUUUAUAAGGAUUAUUUAUCAACAUAUUUUUUAUUUUUAUAAUAUAAGUUUUCUUCUUAUUACUGUUUUCAUCUUGUUAUUGUGACAGUUUUAUUUAUUUUGAUUUUAGUUACACGUUACAAUGUAUUUAACAUACAUAUAUACAUUUAUAAAAUAUUUAUUACUUCACAUACGCGACGUGCACACAUAUGUCCGACCAACACACUUAUGUCAAAACGUCAAACACGUAUAAGCCAUAUACACACUUAUGUCAAGA